AUGUUGCGCAAGAGUUGCCCCCAAUUGGCGAACGGCGCCGCCGCCAUUCCCGCUCCGAACCGCGGCCCGUGCGCCGUGGCCCUCGCAUCGGGGGCGAAGAGGCGUACAAUGUGCAUGUGUAGCCGCACAGCAUGGGAGCAAAGGGGGCCCAUAAGGCGCCACUUUUGCGAGUUUGCAGUGGCGAAGGGCUUUGGGGUUCCUGGAAGUAAUCGUUCCCUUAUUUAUCGUAAGCUUUCAUUCGGCCAAGAGCGGCACGAUUCAACACACAAGAACCUUGCUGAGUCUGUUGGGGGCAUGGCGAACGCCGGCGCAAAUGAUUCCUGCCGGCCGCCGGAAGAUCACGGCCAGCGAUUCCGUCCGACAAGCACGCCCCAUGUUGCGCUUGGAACUCGACAUGGUCAGCGACACGUUGGCGCAUGA